UUUUUUUUUUGUGAGAUUUCCGGUUUUUUUUUUUGGCUGCUUUGCUUAUCUCGCUGAAGCAAGAAAUAAACACUACGUAGAGUUACGUACCUUGCUUACACUCUACAAAUAGUAACAUUGUUAAUUUCGUCGUUGCAAAAGUAUUCCGAUAUUCUUUUAUUCCCGGAUACAAAACCUCUUACUUAUAGAUGUCGUAAUUGUUCAGGACAUCAAAGGUGGAUUGAAAUCAAUGCCGGCUGUUGAAAUGGAAGGUAAUCAGGAGACAGAAAAUAGCUGGAAGAAUGUGAAGACCAUAGGAAAGGGCACUUUUGGAUUUGUGGAAUUAUGGGUAAACGAAGAAACUCUUGAAGAACUUGCUCUGAAACAGAUCCAAAUUGCUCAAGAAUGUAAGCCAAAUAUAGUGUCCAUGUGGAAGAAGGAAAUCGAAAUCAUGAAAAAGCUUGAUCACAGAAAUAUUAUUCGUGUUAGAGAUACUCCUGCUGAACUGAAGCAACUAGAAAGAGUGUAUCCCAUUUUGGCCAUGGAAUAUUGCUCUCUAGGCAAUCUUAGAAAGGAUCUGAGCCGGUCAUACUGCGGAUUUAGUGAGGCAAAUGUGUUGCAUUUCACUAAAGACAUCUCUGCUGCCGUUGCUUAUCUUCAUACACAGCAAAUUGUUCACCGUGACAUAAAACCAGAAAACAUUGUACUUAAGGAAAUAGACAAUAAGGUUGUUUACAAAUUAAUUGAUCUUGGAUAUGCUAAAGAUCUUAAUCAAGGAAGUGUAUGCAAGUCAUUUGUUGGAACACUUAUAUAUGUAGCUCCAGAACUUUAUCGGAAAGAACAGUAUACUCAUACAGCUGACUACUGGUCAUUAGGGACUGUUAUAUUCGAGAUUAUUACUGGUUACCAACCCUUCCUUCCUACUUACUCACCUGUUAAAUGGUAUGAAGAAGUUAAUAAGAAAAAAGAUGAUCACAUAUCUGUACAAUGUAUGCCUGAUAGAAGCAUUCAUUUCUCAUCAGAACUUCCUAAAUGUAUUAAGCUUUGCAGCCCCCUAAAACAAAGCUUUGAAAAAUGGUUAAAGACAAUGCUUUUGUGGGAUGCUGAUGCUCGUGGCAAUGACAGUAAAGAGAAAUCUAGUAAACAGUGGUGUUUCCAGCAAUUAGAGAAAAUACUAGAAUCUCAGAUACUACGCAUCUACCAUGUCACAAAAAACAAUUUACUGUGUUAUAUGUUGGAACCAGAUCAAAGAAUUGAUGCCAUACAGAAUAUAAUAUCUAUGGAAGCUGAUGUCCCUUCGAAUGAACAAAUCAUUAUCAAAGGAGAUGGUCAAAUUAUUGAUCGGCGGCAAUUUGCUAAAGAUUUCCUCUCAGAUAAUGAUGAAGUAUCACUUUUUCUUCUUGAUAAGAGAAAUCUAAAUGGAAAACCAGAUUACAAUACCCAUACGAAAUAUCCAGAACAAUUGCAAGUCAUUCUGGGAAAUGCCAAUAAUAAAUUGAACAAUUAUGAACCAAAGAGACUAUUUGCUGAAACAUUAUAUUUCUGUAAGAAUUUAGAAGAAAAAUCUCGGCGCCUUAUACAGAGUGUAGCAGCUUGCAGAAAAUCCCUAGCAAUUGAUAAUAAACAAUUUUUAAGUGAUAAAGCACGUCCCUGUGAUAUCAAACCUCAAAUUUACAGAAAAGCUGACAUUCGUUCAAAAAGUUUGCAACUGAAUAAAAGGAAAUUUAAAAGUUUAAAGCUAAAACCACCAGAAACAUAUAAUGAUGUUAUAGAUGGCUGGAGCAAAAUGAUUUCAGAAUUGGAAGAAAUUAAAAGUUUUGUCCGACAGUCUGAAGCAACAGAGGAAGUAGAUUUCUCCAGUAAUAAAAGCACUUCUUUUAAUGAGAGAUAUGAAACUUUAAAAAAUAUAGUUGAAGAUUUAAAUGAAUUGUAUACGUCAAUGAACUUUACAGAAGCAACUGUAGGUACUGUACAAGAAGAUGUAAAAGAUUUAGUAGAAAAUUGUAUUGCAGAAUGGGAAGCUUUAUUUGAAGAAUGCCAUUCUUAUCGCAUUUCUUUGAAUUCCUCUUGGGUAUCAUUUUUUAAUACAUCAAAGCAACUUCAGGAAAAAAAUAAUCGCAUUGAAUCUUUACGUGAGGAGGAGAUAUCUUAUUUCUGGAAAUUAAUAGAAGCUGUUGUGCCCAAAGACGAACAGAGUAUGUGUUCACCAAUACAAGAAUGUACUCCUUCAUUUUCAUCAAUUACAAAUUCACUGAAACUCAUUAAUGAUAACAAAUUACUUCAUGAUGACUUUGAAAUGUUGGUUGCUGAUUUUCCUGCUUUUCCUGAUCUAUCAUUCAAUUAAACGAAAACAAGCCGUGUUUCCACCAGGAUUCAAACCAUAAACAUGUCAUUCAUUGUACUUCUUGCAUAGACUGUAUAAAAAAUACAUCUGCCUAGCCAAUAUACAGCAAAUUAAUCUGUGUGAGAGGGGUAAUUUUUCCAGUAUUUCUCUAAUAAUUUUCAAAAACGAUUGAGUAAUUUAUCAGAUAGAUAAGUUUUAUCCCUCAUUUCGCAAAACUCAAUCCACUUGGCUUAUUUUUCAUACUAUACUGUGCAAUAGAUUAUUGAUAAUAAAUUGUCAUAUGCACAAUGAACAGUGAGAGUCAAAAUGAUGACUUGCAUAUCUCUUCUUAAUGCAUUCUGGUAGAUUUGAACAUGAAUAUGCUAAUUACUGUGACAAAACACAGCUGUAACUAAUUCAUUAAGAAUAAAUAUGCAAGUCAUUGAGAUGAUUAGCAAUUAAAUCUGAAACUUUGAUAAUCUCUUUUAUCUGUUACUUGUUUCAGUCAUCUGAAUGCAGCCAUAGUGGAGCACUGCCUUGAAAAAUUUAGUUGAACAAAUCAACCCAAGUUAUUUAUUGUCGUUCCCUUUUGCCAAACUGCUAAGUUUCGGGGAUGUAAACGUACCAACACUGUUUGUCAAGUAGUGGUUGGGGACAAACACAGAUAUACUUUCGGAAACAUUUUUUGCAUGUCCAGAAUUGCUGAAACAUGGAAUAAACUAGAAACUACUCACAUCAGUUGUUAGCUGUGAGGAUCCUACAUCCUUCCAAACUUCCUGAAAUCCACCUGAUGUCCCCACUUCUUUUGUUUUAAACAACUCAUUCACUAUUCACUUCCUGUGCUUUAUUCAUGCACUUUUGGCUACUUUUUCUAAUGAGUUGUGGUAUACCUGAGACCUGUACAUAAUAAGUUUGUUAUUAUAUUAUCUGACACACACACACCACAUAUUGCAGACCUACAUCCACACAGUUACCAUCCACCAAAAUUCAUUGGUCAGUCCAAUGCUGUAAUAGAAGACAUUUGCCCAAAGUGUUGCAUUGGCAGUGGGACUGAACCUGAAACCACGUAGUUGCAAAGCAAACCCAACCCCUUAAUAAUACAUUCUUGCCUAUGCUGUGUAUAAAGUUUUGGGGAAUAAUCUAAGAUUACCAAAAUAUAUGUGAAAUGGGAGAAAGGACUAAUUAGAUCAAAACAAAGUUGACAGCUAGUUUUUAUUUUAAAGCAAGUGUAAGACAAUUUCUUCAAGUGUGUGUGCGUUUGUAAUAUUUUGUAUUGUUUUACUUUUUGCUACCUCCUCCCCCCCCCCCCCCCCCUACAUGGUCACUCGAUCUGCUAGAAAUAACAGCCAAAUCUCCUUCACACUACACACUGUCAGCUUUAAAAAAAACAAAUAGAUGGGACGAUUGUAACUCAUAUAGUGUUGUUGUUUUGUUUUUUGUAUAGAAAAGAGGCUACAGAUUGGAUUGAUCACAUACAUGAUUACUUGACCAUACAUGGUUACUCAAUUAGCCAGAAAUAGCAGCCAAAUCUUAUUCAAACUGUAUCCUAUUAUUUUCAAAAUAAAAAUAGUAAAAAUAGAUGUGAUGGUCAUGGCCACAAUGUUUUUUGUAGGGUAACUAGGUACUGAUUGGAUUGACCAUUUACCUAGCCACUCGCUCUGCUAGAAAUAGCAGCCAAAUCUUAUUCAAACUGUAUCCUAUUAUUUUCAAAAUAAAAAUAGUAAAAAUAGAUGUGAUGGUCA